GCGUGUUUGGGCGUGACGAGCAUUCACCUCAACCGCAAAAGGCGACGACGGCAAGGACAGGUUAAGCGUCACGAUGUCGAGUCGAAGCAAUGCUGCAUCGGUUCCGUUUAUGAUCACCGCCAAGAUGAAGUACGAGCUCAAGACGCUCGGGUACACGGACGAAGAUAUCCACAAGAUGAAGGUGGACAAUGCACACAAGAUCCUUGACACGGGGUUGCGAAAAGGUGAAGUCAAGAAAACGAUUCCGUUGAACCCGACGCAAGCUCUGGCGGCAUGGGCUCCGUCGGUGGCGGCCCUGCUGGUCACGCUGCUGUUGCUGUACUUUGUAUUUGGCACCACGACAAAGUAGACCCGUCGGUGUAGUAAGCCAACCGUCUCCAGAACCCGACGAUAUGAAGUCUUGUUCCCAGGAGCGGUUGUAGGCUGAGCGAGCCAGGCGGCUGCCUUUCUAAAUGCUUCGAAAUCAAAUGUGUCGAGUGCAUCAUGUGUACGUGUGUGUGUGUGCUUUAGAGGUCGAGGAGGGCUCACUUCCGACGACAUCUACCGCCGCCGCCGCCGCGGGCAGGCCACAACCCGUGGGAGCUGGUCCAUCGACACACCCGUCGACUUCAACCCCUCCAUCUUCGUCCAUUCCGUUCAUGUUGACGGCCGCAAUGAAGCACGACCUCUUGCAGCUCGGGUACUCCGAGCCAGAUCUGUACAAGAUGCCACCAGACAUUGCCCACCAGAUCCUCCGAGCCAAGCUGCGCAAGCGCAACAAACCUCCAUCAUACACGACCCGCCCGCCUUCCAUCCCUCAACAUCCCCAACCCAGCGAAGACGACGACAGCGACGACGUGCCGUUCUCGCCGUGGGCAAUCGGGGGCUGCGUCCUUCUCACCGUCGUCAUGCUUGUCGUUCAGUUUGCCACUGUCUCGUGACCCUUAUCCCACAGUACAACAUAUACAAAUUCUUGGCAAUGUUAGUGUCCCAUUUGUAGGCAAACUGUACUUGCCAUGUACUAGUAUUACUACUUCUCCAAGUACUAGUACAUACUGGUCGGAGAACCCGGAGUACAGUGCUGUAGACUCAUCGAGUCUUGUGUAAUAUAGUUCUUGUGGCUA